GUAGCAGCCGAGACACCACCUCCCGCCCGCAGCGCCCCAAGGGCCAACCUCAGGAGCAGGACACGGUACUCCGGCAGGAAAGAGACUCAGGAACCGCCUUCCCCUUGGGCUCCCGGUUAAGGGCGGCACCUCCGCCAGCAGCCCUCGGCGGCGGCCGCGCUCCUGCCUGGCUUGCUUGGCGUCUCGGGUGGGCCCCGCUGGAGUCCCCGGCGCGCCCGCGAUCGCUGGGUCAUGGGCGCCGCCGGCUCUUCCGCGCUGGCCCGCCUGGGCCUCCCCGCGCCGCAGCCCCGGCCCCGCUGGCUCGGGGUCGCCGCGCUGGGACUGGCCGCGGUGGCGCUGGGGGCCGUGGCCUGGCGCCGCGCGCGGCCCAGGCGGCGCCGGCGGCUGCAGCAGGUGGGCACCGUGGCAGAGCUCUGGAUCUACCCCGUCAAGUCCUGCAAGGGGGUGUCCGUGAAGGCGGCGGAGUGCACGGCCCUGGGGCUGCGCAGCGGUCACCUGCGGGACAGGUUUUGGCUUGUAAUCAACAAGGAGGGGAAUAUGGUUACUGCUCGACAGGAACCCCGCCUGGUCCUGAUUUCCCUGACCUGCGAGGGUGACACCCUGACCCUCAGUGCAGCCUACACGAAGGACCUGCGGCUGCCCAUCAAGACACCCACCACGAAUGCAGUGCACAAGUGCAGAGUGCAGGGCCUGGAGAUCGAGGGCAGGGACUGCGGUGAGGCCGCGGCCCAUUGGAUAACAAACUUCCUGAAGACGCAGCCGUACCGCCUGGUGCACUUUGAACCUCACAUGCAACCGAGAAAUUCUCACCAGAUCGAAGACCCGUUUCGACCCACAGACCAGAUCCCGUACUCAGACGCCAGCCCCUUCCUGAUCCUUUCUGAGGCAUCGUUGGCAGACCUCAACUCCAGGCUAGAGAAGAAAGUUAAGGCAACUAACUUCCGGCCCAAUAUCAUAAUUUCAGGGUGUGGUGUCUAUGCAGAGGACUCAUGGAACGAGCUUCUUAUUGGUGAUGUGGAACUGAAAAGGGUGAUGGCUUGCUCCAGGUGCAUUUUAACCACGGUGGACCCGGACACGGGCGUCAUGAGCAGGAAGGAGCCUCUGGAGACCCUGAAGAGUUAUCGCCUGUGUGACCCUUCUGAACGAAAGUUAUACGGAAAAUCACCUCUCUUUGGACAGUAUUUUGUUCUGGAAAACCCAGGGACCAUCCAAGUGGGAGACCCUGUGUACCUGCUCGGCCAGGAAUAGGAAUCAUAUGUCCUGGAAUAGCAGAUGUCUUUAAAAAACGUCCUCAAAUAUGCCAACACUUGAAGCACAGUAUUUUGGACCUGACACCUCGGCAUUUUCUUUAGCUCUGUGAUCACCAAGUUUUUUGUCUUUUGGACUCUUCCUUGUGUCUCAGUGCUUCCCGCAUCCCAGUGCACAAAGUGAAGAAAGAGAGUUUUGAUAACUUAAUAGGACUUCAGUAAGUCACUUAAAUGACAAGGCAGGAUUCUAAAAAUCGCUUGUUUAACUGUGAUUGUGGAAUCAUUCUUUCUUCUUCUUCUCCGUUCACCUACCCAGAGGGCUAACUUCCAUCAUCUCAUUGCUACUCUUUAGGGAAAGAGGAGAGAAGAGAAAGAGUAAGAGUGGGGGAGUGAGCAGAAUGUUCUGGAAUCUUUUAGUACCCCAUGCCCACGGCAUGCAAUGGAAAUUAAAUAGCUCUCCGAAUAAGGCUGGACUGUCACUUCACUUUUCUCCUCAAGCCCUAGACAAGCUUUUAAAAGGGCAUAAGGAGCCUGACCUUCAGGAAACACUUAGGAUGUUCAUUUUCCAUAGAUCAUCUCAGACAGUGUCCAUGAGGAUCUGAUGGACCUUCAUAGCAUGCAGUACCUCUGGGCUGUAGGACAGCAGAGAUGUCAGGGUAGAAAAUCAACUCAUGAGAGCAGCGUUGCAGUCAGACUCUGAUAUGUAAUAUGUGGAAAGCAAGACCAAAACUUCCUUGCCUUGAAACGGAGUAUCAAAUAUAUCCCAUUGGUGAGCCCAGACUUUUCCCAGUACAUGAGAGUGAACAGUAGCACUAAGUAGGGGAAACACCCUUGCCUGAUGUGGUCUGAGAUGCUGUUUGAAGUUGCCCAGGGAAACCACGGUGCCCGUCUUAAGAGCAAAAAGAAAUAGUCUGAAAAGGACAUGAUGCCACCUAGUGGCAUUGAAUGACAGCUCAGCCUUUCUCAGCUUUUCAGCUGUUGAAAAGAGGGAAACUUGUGGAUGGGUUUUAGUUUUCUAUCCUAGAAAAUUUUUUUGAGAGAAAGUGGGGGUAUCCUCCAGGUACUCUCUGUUUCUCUGCUAUGGGCAUUUGGUUCUAAAAGCGUGGCUGUGCUGUCACGGGUCCUUCUGGAUCUCGCUGGUCCCAUCAACUCAAGACUGGUUACUCCUCCUCAAAAUCAGGGUGAAAAAGUUCUGAAGUCCAUGGAUGAGAAGAAACGUGAUUGUGUGAUUUGAAAUAAAUGGCUUUAUUUUAGGUUUUGAAUAAAACCUUUCAAAGGUGAAAAAGAAAACAUAUGCCAAUUCACUUAAAAACCCAUAUCUGAUUUUUCUCCUGAUCAGAUUAUAUAACUCUAAGAUCUGAGGAAGUAUAUCUUUCGUUGCCAUUUUGCCCUUUGACUGUAUUAGGAAGCUAAGUCAUGAAAAAUGUGUUUCAAAACUGUAAAUAAAUGGAAGCUACUUUGACUAGUUUCAGAUUGUACUCACUUCUUGGCAGGAAGUCAGACUUUGAAAGCUGACCAAUGGGCAGCUUUGAAAGCUAACCAAUGGGCAGCUGACCAAUGGGCAGCUUUGAAAGCUGACCAAUGGGCAAAACCAAUCACCCUGUCACCUGACACGCACACAGAGCAUCCUCCGGAGAACGCCUGUCUUUGAAGGGCUGUCAGGUGAACAUGCUUUUUACCAAAAGCUGUGCAUGUUUCACUUUGGUUUUAUAAAAGAGGUUAGUAAUCAUUGGAACCAAGCCUAGCUCUGAGGUAAAGUUACAAGGUAACAGGUGCACAUAUGUAUUCUGGUUGGUGAAUGUAUCGCAAUUUGUUUUUCACACACUUGGCGUGAAGUGCAAUUAGAAUAAUUAAUCAGUUAACCUUGGCCCAUCACCUUCCCCAGUAGAUCCACUUUAUGCUGAAACUACAGAUAGGUUAAGGCAAAAAUAAGAGUUCAGCAAGUGGCAUUACUAAUGGGACCCCGUGAACCCAUGGCAGAAUGCACACAGGAUUUAGGAAACCACGUGAAUGUCGGUUCUCUGAGAGCAGCCAACAGUUAGGCACUGAUGGGAAACUCAAGGUUGGUUCGGUGAAUAUCCCGAGAUAUUUAUAACCAGUGGCAAGCUGAAUGCCUUCGACCUGAACUUCUAACCCCUUGUCAAUAGUAACAGCCACUUCCCCAGGGACUCAAUCUGUUUCAAAGGCCACACACUCAUGUCCUUCUGUGUACUGCAGGGGAGUCCUCCAGUGGAAGGGGGCUCUAACCCUAACACCUCCCUCAUUUGUCUGGAGUCUCCUUCUGCUACUCAGAGUGUGAGGAAGAUUCCAGUUUAAAGACAGAGGUUCCAAUGACCUCUAGAAUCUCGGGGUAGUUGCCAAGCUUUCUGUCAGUGAGAUUUAAAAGCCAUUUACUUGUGUUUAUUUUAUAUUUAAUGAGUUGGUUAAUGCCAAAGGCAGGGCUGAUGUCUGGUUUACUUUGGAUACUGAACCUCUGCACACACUUCCACUUGAAAUAUCAGGUCGGGAAUGUAGACCAUCGCAGACCCUCAGAAAGGUCUCCUUAUAGCUGCAGACGAUGGACAUUCAGGGUCAGGCCAAAACAUCCACUGUCGUCGUGCGUUUCAUUCUGGGUGGCAACGUCUCGGUGCAGUCACGGCAGACAGUUACAAACCCACAGCUGGAGAUCUUGCAAAGAACCACGUGGGAAAGAGCCUAGGCAGACUGCUUAAAGGCUCACUUUCCCAGCUGUUCCCCAGAAAAAGUGAGAACGUCUCAAAUGGGAGAGGGAAGCAGCAACUUACACACAAGGGCGGGAAGACAUCGGGGUGAGCCUGAUGGAAACUAGGCAGAUGUCCAACAAUGAGAAACACUCCUCGUCUCCUUCUGCCCUUAGUGAUAACGGGGUGCGGAGAUGCCCUUGGGGGAGGGCUGCCAGUUUGCUAGAACUGUGUGCAGAGGCCAGGCGAGUUUGACUAGCCAAGCGUGACUUUGAAAAGCCACCUAUGAGGCUGUCACCAACAGUGACCGCAGGCAGGUGCCCCCAGAACUCUGAGAGUGUGACAAGUGCAAGCAAUCCGUGGUGGCCGAGAGCAGGUAUUUUAGAGUCACUCAAAGAUGCCAGAGUGGCUCUCAGACCUGUUGAUAACAUAACACUGCACUUCCCUAAGUUUUACUUGUCCAGGGUGUUCUGAAAGUCUGCCUGCAAGGAUGCUCCUAAAAAAAGAAUUCCGUGGACCAAUACCUUUGGGAAGUCCUGCAUGCCUCACUCCUCUUCCAAAGGCCCAGCAGCCUGUAGAAGGCUCUAGAUUGACCUGCAGUGAAGAAUUCUAUUUGUGUUUAACACGGCCCUCCCCAAAGGUCUAUGUCUGGUCAUCUUUUGGGAAGCCCUGCAUUGAUCUCUAGAGGAAGCACCAGCCAGGGUGAGCGGUCGUGCUUAGCGGGGGAGGUGUGUUCGUGGGAAGGGUGAAGGAGAUAAAGGGCUCCUGCCAUGUGGAGGAGACCUCUCUGGUGGUUCUCUGUCACGCUCCUUUACCUUCAUUGAGCAUUUUAGACGGUUCUUCCCUGUGUCUCCCUCACGAAGCCCACAGCCCCUGAUUCUUCCCUUUCAUCAUCCUCUCUAGCCCCUCUACUAGCCCCUGACCUGUAUCUUCAACGGUUCAGACUCCAUCCACUCUUUGUGGAGCUCGGUGGGAUCUAUGUCAAGUCCAAGUUCAAUGUCUCCCUUUGGCAGUUUGCUGGGAGUACUAUAAAUAAUUGUUGUCAUAAUUAUUUCUGAUUAGUAUUUUUACACCUAAUAAAGUCUCAAAGGGAGGGCGUUUACUUGGUCUAGGGGAGGGGCACCUUCCAGAUGACUUGCCAGCAAUUAAAGCAGCUUGUUAGUCGGAGGCCCAGGACGGCCGAGGACAGCUGGAGAGCUCUUCUUUGCAAGCAGCUCUGGUUAACAUCAACGAGGAAAGCUCUUUGUAAACACAUGAAUAAUUGAUCAUCCCGCGCUCACAUAGCUACCGAGGAUCUGAGCCCGUAUGACUCAUUUGAGAGCCAUCCCUGUCGUCUGGAUGCCAUAACAUUGGAGGAAUGAUGAUCGUUUCUUGGAGAUUCUUCUGUGGCCAGAGUUGCCAAGACCAAGGCUGUAAUGGUUUGUUAUGAUGACCUUUGUUAUUCCAUUAGGCUCAAUUGCUUUAAAAAAUGAUGUGUGCAUACUUUCGGAACGUUUUUACCCUUUACGUUGACCUGACAUCAUAGUUUAUAUUACAGAAUGUAUUAAUGACAGAGGAGUGUUUUCAUGUCCCAAGGACAAAUUUUAACAACCAUAAUCUGCCCUUAGUCAUCAUAAAUAUAAAUGUAUUGGUCAAACAGAUCUCGUUAAUGUGGCCAAGAUAAAUGCAAGCCUAUAUUUUAAGGCAGCUGAAGUCCUAGAGAAUAUAUUUGGAGCUUUUUGUGGGGCUAAGAGAUCUUGUAUAGUGCUAUCAGAAGGCUGAGAAAAUUAACAUGUUUCCCCCUCUAGUUUGGCGUUGGACAGAUAUUAACGUCUUGGGGAUGUCAAGUAAGAUUGCUCACAUAGUUUCUGGACACCGUUAAUGCCUGGUGGGGUGAAUCUUAGUUCUUAAAGCUGUAUUCUCACUAUGCUCUCAGGGCUUUUGGAAAGAAAGAAAAUACAGAUUUCAAGUCUCAACCAUGUGUUGCUCAACUGUAUUUCCCUGUAUCACACGGUGUCUUCAAGUUUUAAUUAUAUUAAUCCUCCUGCCCCAACAUCUUGUUUCCUGUGGGAGGAGGCCCUUUUCCACAGAUGUGUGUCUGACGUUUUGCAUAUUCCAGUUGGCAAUCCAUAUGUUGGCAGAUGGUGUGAGCUGUACGACGGGUCAAAUACUUUUCAUCUUCGUUACACUACGUUCAGAAGUGUGGGCCUUUAUUGGCAGAAUCCACGUUUCAAACUUCUCAGGCAGAAAAUAAAUGCUUGUUUUAAGAAACCCUGUUUAAUCAUGUUUUUAUUUUGAACCAUGAAAAUGUGUUUCAGGCAGUAAUGUCUCACAUGCUACUCUCUGAGCGAGCAGACUGUUUAUAGGGGUGAGUUCAUCUCCCCCAGACUCGGUAAACACGGUACUAUCAUUAAACUCCAUGUGGAUUACGGUCACCUAGCAAUGAUUGAUGAGCACGUC